AUGUCCUCCGACAACCCCCUCCUCGACCCCUCCAUCUUCGCCCACCUCCAGGAGAAGAUUGACGAGGAGACCCGCGUCCGUGAUAACCUCACCCAGAUCAUCCAGCGCCUCGAGCGUGCCGUCGCUACCGCACAGGGCCUGCUCUCGCGCGUCCACUCUACGCCCCGCGCCCGCUACCCUGCGCUUGUGUCCCAGGUCGAGGAUGCCAUCAAGGAGGAGGUCACCAUCGUGGGGGAGCUGAGCGCUGUUGCCAGCCAGCACCCCUACUACAAGUACAACGGCAAGUGGGCUAGAACCAUCCAAAACGCCAUCGGCACCGUCGUCUACACUGCCUGGCUCGGCGGCCUGGGCUCAGACUCACAGCCCGCCUCUCUCGGCCGCCUCCUCACGCUCGAGCAAGUCGGUGCCGUCUUCCAAGUCCCAACCAACCUGAAGGACCGUGAUGCCUUCCACCUCACCAUCGAAGAGUACCUCCUCUCCCUGACGGACCUGACUAAUGAGCUCGCCCGUCUGGCCCCCAACGCCGUCACCCACGGCGACUUUGAGCUGCCCCUCGUUAUUAGCGGUUUCAUCAAGGAUCUGUUCGCCGGGUUCCAGCUGCUGAACCUCAAGAACGACAUUCUGCGCAAGCGCGCGGAUGCCGUCAAGUAUGACGUCAAGAGGGUUGAGGACGUCGUCUAUGACCUGAGCCUGCGUGGUCUGGUCAAGAGAGCUGGCGAGGGUGACACCGAGAUGGCUGCUGCCGAGUAA